AUGUCAGAGCAAAAUAAUAAUAAUGAACAAACUCAAAAUGAACUUAAUGGAAAUAAUGAGACCAGUGAAAAUAAAUAUCUUUCUCAAUUAUAUUCUUUUUUAAAUCCAAAUUAUAUUAAAUCAUCAUUUGAAAGUAAAGCUGAAAAUGUUACAAACAAAAACAAAAAUAUUAUAUCAACUAGGAAAGCCUAUCGAUACCUUAUUCGAAAGUUUAAGAAGGUUAUUAUGGAAUGUGAUUUAUAUUAUGAAGAAGUUCAAAUUAAAAAUGAAAAUGUGAAAUUGAUUAUACAUUUUUUUGGAAAAAAUUCUAUUACUUUAAAAAAAUUAUAUAAAAAAAGAAAAGUAAUUGAUAACUAUUUUUUUAUUCUCAUUUUAUUUAAUAUAUUAUCCAACUUUCCAUAUCCAAUCUUGCCAAUCCAAAAGUUUAUAGAUAUUUGUGAUAACUAUAUAUCAUAUGGAGUAACCAUUUUGCUAAAAUUGAAUUCAUCAUUAUACAAUAAAAAGAAAAAAGUCCAUAAAAUUUACUUCGAGCCGGUGUUUUAUUUAUUCACGGCAUUAUGGAAUAAUCACUAUUUUCAUGUUUCCCUUUCCAAUACACUGAUUAUUUUGACGUUUUUCUACAAAAUUUAUAUCAUACUAAGUAAACUCGAAAUUCGGAAUGUGAAUUUGUUUGACAACAUAUAUGUCUUGUGUUCCUCAUAUGUGAACAAAGUGAAUUCAAUGCUAUGGUUUAGCAUAUUCCUUACAAUAAAGCGAAUGCUAAUAGAUGAAUGUGAAAUCAAAAUUAUCAAAAAAAAACAAAUCUAUUUAAUAUUGCCAAUAUUUGUAGAUAUAAUAAAAAUAUUAGAGGUAUAUGAUGAAAUAAUAAAGAAGACAAACAUAAACCCACUAAUAAAAGUAUAUGAAAAAUUAAAAUUAUUUUUAUUUGAAUUUUUUCAUAAAUUAUUAUACAACUUAAUAACAAAACAUGAUAUACUCCCUCGAAAUAUUUUCAAAUAUUUACAAAUAAAUAAUAAUAUUAUAUCUAACAAAAAAAAAAGAACUAGCCAUUUUAAUUCUCAAAGUAUUAUUAAUCGUGAACGUAGCAAUCCAAUAAGUAGUAACCAAAUUCAAAAAAAAAAUUGUAAACAUUAUGAAAGUGAAAAUAGAAGAGAUUCUAUUGAUAUAUAUAGUAGUUUUUAUAAAUAUGCAAAUUCAAUAACUGAAAAAUUUGUAUUUUAUUCUUUUUUUGAAAACUUUGUUCUUUUUAAUUCCCUUAACAAUGAUUAUGAUUCUAGUGAAUCGAUAUCUUAUUUGUCAUUUUCUUUCAACUCUUUAAAUUCAUUAAUAAAUAGUGAUAAUGAAGAAUCAUUAAAAAAUACACAAAAAAAAAUGACUAGAGAUAGUGAUAUUAUGUCACACACUGAAGAAAGUGAUACAUGUGAAAGUGAUUCUGAUAAACCAUUUCAAUUAAUAAAAAUGCAUAAAAAUAAAAUUGAAAUUUUAAAUAUGAAAUAUUAUCAUUUUUUUAUACACAAAUAUAAAACAGAAAAUAAAUGUAUUUUACUUAUCAAAAGUUAUUUCAAUGAUUAUUUAUGUGCUCUUGUAAAUAGUUUAUAUAUAUAUUCAAAAACCAUCUAUUUUAAAACAGAAACAAAUGAAACUAGUAUUUCAUUAGAUAAGACAAACACAACAUCUGAAAGUGGCUGCUCCGAUUUAGAAAACCUAAAAAGAGAGGAAGAAAAUAUUCACAAUCCUCAAACGGAGCAAUCGCCUUUACAAAGUUUAGACCCCUCUUCUGAGUUAUACCAUCCAAAAGUAGAAAUAGAUGAAAGUGGCAAAGUAAGUGAAAAUGAUAAAGUAAACGAGGAUAGCAAAAUAAGUGAAGGUAGCAAAAUAAAUGAAGAUAGCAAAAUGAGUGAGAAUAAGGAAAAAUCUAGCCAGAGCACAGAAAGCGAUCGUGACAUUUUGGAAGAGUUUAAUCUGGUAUAUACACAGGAAAUAGAAAAUGAAAAUGAAAUUAUUCAUAAAAAUAUUGUAAACUUAAAAAAAUACAACAAACAUAAGAACACAACAAAUAUAAGUGACACACAAGAAUAUCUAGCCAAUGCUAACCAACAUAUCAUAAAAUGUUUAAUAAGCUUUUUAAAAAUAAUGUAUAAAAAUAUAUUUAAAAAAGUUAUUACUAAAAUAAAAAAUUGUAAAAAUAUAAGUGAACUUAAAUUAUAUACAUAUAUAGAAAAAAUAUGUGAAUAUAAUACAUACUAUUGUAUAAAAAGAAGAUUAAAAAAUGUAUGUUUUAUAUUAUUUUUUUCAAUAACAUUAAAAAAUUUAAUAAAAAAUUAUUUAUAUAAAAUAAAAAAUGCAAAGAUAGAUAAAAAAAAUUUAGAAAGUUUUCAGUCUACUUUAAUUUAUGAUACAUGUAGUUUUAUUAAAAUAUAUAAUUACUUAUACAAAUUUAAAUUUCAAGAUUUUUAUAAAAAUAAAUAUAUUAAUUUUUUAAUCUUUACAAAAAAUGUUUUAACAUUACCUAAAAAUCAGCUAAUAUAUUAUCCUAUAAAAAAUAAACACUUUUUUUAUUACAUUAAAAAUAAAAGAAUAGAUAUCAAUUUUGCUGAUUUUGUUUCAGAUUGUAAAAAUAGCAUAUGGGCUCAAAAAAAGAAAAACUUUUCAUACUCAUCCAAAUAUUAUCAUAAUAUUUUACAAAACCAACAUCAACAUUUUACAUUUUCUAAUACACCAUCUCAAAAAGUUUAUAUUCCUACAAACAAUGACUACAAUAUUCGAGAAACUACUAGCGAGCCAAAUGUCGUACAAAAAACAUUAAAUAAUAUAAUUAAAUCAUUUUAUUUAUAUAACACACAAUUAAACAAUUUAUCUUUGGAAAAAAAAAAUAAUACUUAUCUUUGCGAUAGUAGUAGAAAAAAUGAAAACUCUGAUAUGCUUAAUAAAAAUGUAUCUCAAAUUAAUGACAACCCAACAACAGAUAAACAAACACAAAACAUUUUUUCUCCUCAUCUUUCUUCUCCUCAAAGUACAGAUAAAAAUACAAGUAAUAGUGAAAAUAUAAAUUGUAUUAACAAACAAAGGAGAGAUAUAUCAGAAUUAGAAUUUGAGAGUAACGAGUUUGACACACAACUUGAAAAUAAAACAUUCAGUACAAGUAAUUAUGAUACAAAUAAAGAUUCUGAAAACUAUUUAACAAUAAAUAAUAAUAUACUUACCAAUUUUAAUAAUAAUCAUGUUGAAAAUGGUGAUUUAUCUUUUGAAAAUUUCACAAAUUAUUAUAAUCAAAACUUUAUAAGAGUUUAUGUAAAAAAUGAAGCAAAAGAAAUAUUUGAUAGAAAAAUAUUAAUUGUAAAAAAUAAUAAAAUUUAUUUUUAUGAUUCAGAAUAUUCUAUAUCUUAUGAUUCAUUCUAUUAUUUAAUGGAAAUUAAAAAAAUAUAUUAUUGUAAUGGUUUAUUUGAUUCUUUAGUUAAUUCACAAAGGUUUAGUUUACAAAAUUCUACUUAUUCUUCUACUGAUGAUAGUUUUUGCUCAAAAGGCCAGGACAGUUUUUCAUCCGAAAAUGAAUGGCAAAAAUGUGGAUUCGAUGCUAAAAUUAUCUUCCACAAUGAAUUGAGAAAGCACAUCCACCUCAUGUUCAUCGACCAGUCAUACAAAGACUUUGUAGAAAAAAUAAACAACUCACUAGUCCAUGAAACAGAAAGAACAUUUGAAUAUACAAAUCUUAGUUACGAUAAAAAUGUAGAAAAUGCGAUAACGCGUGACUAUUUUUUUACCAAAAUAAAUUAUAAUAAAGAUUCUCAAUCUGUUUUUAGUGAUAAUGAAAGUAAGAGUAGCAAAAAAAAUUCAAUAAACGAUCAAGAGUGUACCGAGUCUGAAAAUGAAGAAUCAGAAUAUGUUGAUGAAAGUUGGGAAGGAGUUGAUAAAAAAAGCCAACUAGAAAUUGAUAAUAAACAUGAAACAAAAUCAAGUGAUAAUAAUAUUGAUGAAAAUGAUAAUGUAUUAAAUAAAAUAUUAAAAAAACAAAAUAAUAAUUUUUUAAAUAAACAUAAUAAAUUAGAAAAUUAUAAUAAUUUUGUUGAAUAUAAAUAUUCUUCUAGUGCUACAGAAAUAUUCAUUAAAAGUGAAAAUAUAUAUUUUUCAAAAAAAAAAAAAAAAAAAAUUAAAAUUAAAAAAGAAAAGAAAAUGAAACUUUUUAAAAAUAUUAAAAAAAAUGAUAUCUAUAAUUUAUUUUUUGAUCAAAUAUCCAAAUUAUGUAAACAUAAAUACCCUACAAAAAAUCCUGCAGACGAUCUUUUUUUUUACAAGUCUGUAAACAGUUUAUAUAAUGAAGCAAAUUCUGUCUAG